UUUAUUAUUUUUAAGCCAGCCGCAUUGAAACCCUAAUGCUAUAAAUGCUAAGGUUCUUCAUUACUUCUACUCUCUUUCUUGAGCUGCUGCUGAUUUGAAAUCUUCGGUGCUUCAACUGUUAACUGCUCGACUUUAGCUUAGCCAUGGCGGACAAGGCAGUGACUAUUAGGACCAGGAAGUUCAUGACCAACAGGCUUCUUUCCAGGAAACAAUUUGUCAUUGAUGUUCUACAUCCUGGGAGGCCCAAUGUUUCCAAGGCGGAGCUGAAGGAGAAGCUUUCUGGAAUGUAUGAGGUGAAGGAUCCCAAUUCAAUCUUUGUGUUCAAGUUCAGGACUCAUUUUGGAGGUGGUAAAUCUACUGGAUUUGGUUUGAUUUAUGAUUCUGUUGAGAAUGCGAAGAAGUACGAGCCCAAGUACAGGCUGAUCAGGAAUGGACUUGAUACCAAGGUAGAGAAAUCAAGGAAGCAAAUGAAGGAAAGGAAGAACAGGGCUAAGAAGAUCCGUGGAGUAAAGAAGACCAAGGCCAGUGAAGCAUCAAAGAAGAAGUGAACUAAAAGGGAGCAAAGAAGAGGUGAAGGUCGUGCUUGUAGAAUACUAGCCAAUGCUUUUCAACAGCAUUUCCUUACUAGUCUCAAGUUCUUAGCUGUUCUUGAAUAUGUAUUUUUGGAAACCGCUUUUUGGGUGCUAUCUGAUCUUUAGUUAUAUCAUUAUCUUGAUUUGUCUUAUACUUUGAGAGUUUGAUUAUUCUUCCAAAGCAGAAUUUUGAAAUAUUUAAUACUAAUACAUUCCAAUUUCCCAUGAUUUUCCCAUGA